AUCUGCGCAUGCUCCGUGAGGAAGUUUCCGUCCUCCCCGCUGCUUGCUGGGAUACUGGAGGACCAAGAUGGCGGUAGCUCGGAUGACCUGUUCCUGGAGCAGAGGCAUUUGGAGCUGCUGCUCGGCCAAGUUCGGGGCCUGUGCCCCUGGCACCACCCUGCCAGUGCACGGUUGUGUGGCCACAGUUCUGCGCAACAGCAUACAAUCCAUCCACUGUAACCAUGGCAACAGACCAGUGUUACGGUCAGAAGAGGCUCCUGGAAAGCCAAUCCCACAGGGUCCAGAGUACAUUCCACAACGGAGAGCCAAGAAUCCAAUGGGAAAGAUUGGCCUGGCCUGGUUAAUUGGUUUGCCAUCCGGCAUCAUCACCUUUCUCCUUGCUAAACGAGAGGUUGAUAAGAACCGUCUGAAGCAGUUGAAGAUCAGGCAGAGGAUGAAGAAUGCCAAUGAGGGCGAAUACCAGAGUGAACGAUACCAGCCCAAGCUGGAGGAACAUGACCGGCAGAUCAUCGCCUCACAAAGUAAACCAUAGAAUCCCGGCUGAUGGUCAAAGUCCCCAGCACCUCUCGUUUCCCACUCGCCCUCGGGGAGGCUGCCAGCCUUCAGUCUCUCCCACUCUCAAAUUAUUACAGGAACUAAGUGGACAAACUCAGUUGUGCACUUGGCUUUUUUCCCCACAUCCUGGGAAUAUUCCUGAUAGUGGGGCUGCUGGGAUGGAGGAGAAAAGUUUGCCUUUGAGUUGACCGAGCAUCUAAUUAUCAGAUGACCUGAUUUCUGCACAAGUGUGUAGGAAGACAGCUCUGUAGCUUUGAUGGUUGUACAUUACAACAUUACCAUCAGUACAUGAUGGUUGUAGUGUCAUCGCUGUUGAUAUUGUCUGAGAUUUCACUUUGCUUUCUAUAGUAUAACUGUAAUAAAGAUGUAUGUGAUUCAUA